AUGAGACUUUUUAUCCUGCAGGUCUUAUGGGCUCUUCGACAAUCUGGUACCUUAGACAUCCUCCUGUACAUAGGCAGUGCCUCUGCCGAGCGGCUAUACUACAUGCAUCUGGUAGAAGUUCUGUCGCUCAUGCUGCGCGAGCAAAAUGCUGGCUCCCUGGCUGAAGCUGCUCCUCAGCGUAGUCAAGCUGAGAAAAUGCGCGAUGAAGCUGAGCUGCUGGCCAUCAGACAUCGCGAAACAUCUGAGAAAAGGAGAAAAGUAAAGGGGUACGGAGGCGCUAGACAUUCCUCGUUCGGCGGCACGUUCGUCGUCCAAGACAUGAAAUCGAUCAGCGACAACGCGCUGAUCUACCACAAACCCUUAGGCAAACUGGACAAGCUCAGCUUUGACGUGGACAAGCAGAAACCGAAGACCCCAAGGCACAGAAUGCCAUUCGUAGCUACAUCAACUGAACGAAGGUCGGCAUUCGCGGUGCGACUUUUCCUCAAAGACUUCUGCGCAGAGUUCCUGAACGGCGCUUACAAUACAGUUAUGAACCAUGUCAAGGAUAACCUUGUGAGGAACAGGGCUCAGCAGCACGACGAAUCCUACUAUCUGUGGGCGAUGAGGUUUUUCAUGGAGUUCAAUAGGAAGCAUAGGUUUGAAGUUAAAUUAGUGAGGUGA